CUCUCACGGACACUCCGCCCUUCACCUCCGUCGUCUCGCCAAGGAAGAAGCGAACCAGCCGCUCAUCCGUUGGGGAAAGCGUCAACCCGCUUCAAAGCACACCUGCUUCCACCAGCGCCCCCAGUGACUUAUCUCAGAAGUAGGGCGGUCGUCUUCUCCCUCCAAUACUCCCAUUCUUACUGUCGACUACGUACGAAGCUGUCUUUCGCUGCUGCGACCUACUGAACACGCCACCCCACUCCGCCAACCACCAUUCCACCCUUGGAAAUCCUCCAAAAUGGACUCAUUCCCCUGGCUCCUCCUCCUCUGUCUUGCCAUGCUAUUUGGCUCAUUUACUGCAGGGCUCAUACCACUGGCUUUCAAGUUCAGUGAAAAGAGACUUCAACUUAUCUCUUGUUAUGGGAGCGGCAUGCUCGUAGGGACCGCACUCAUUGUCAUACUGCCGGAAGGUGUCGAGACGCUUUAUUCCGUGCAAGCGUCCAUGGCGGAAUCUGCGGCGGUGGCGGCCGCAAAGGCGAUAUCAGUCGUUGCCGGCGGAUCAGUCUCCGCAGGAGGCGGGGUGGUGGAGAGCGGCGGCAUAUCUGGGACUGCAGGGGGUCAUGCAUCCGACACACACGAGACGGCAUUCGAAGCCCACAAAUACAUCGGCGCAGCGCUUGCGCUCGGGUUCGCGUUCAUGUUCCUGAUCGAUCAUGUUAGCCAUCAUGUAGGGCAUGGGAAGGAAGGGAAUGGGUCGCGCAUUGUUACCGUGAACGAUUUCAGGGUCGGGGAGGAGAAGAAAAGUGGGGUGAAUACUGCGGUGGUGGGGUUGGUUGUGCAUGCGGCGGCGGAUGGGAUUGCGUUGGGCGCGGCGAGUGCUAGUGUAAGCGGCAGCCUAGAACUCAUAGUCUUCCUCGCAAUAAUGCUCCACAAGGCGCCCUCCGCCUUCGGUCUCUCCACCUACCUCCUCUCCGAAUCCCUGCCCCCCCAAAAGAUCCACAACUACCUCGCCCUCUUCUCCCUCUCCGCUCCCUUAUCUGCACUCAUCACCUACAUGUUUCUGGUCGGGGGUGGGAUGGCGGAUGACGCGGGGGCGACGGGGAAGUGGACCGGGAUUUUACUCCUUUUCAGCGCCGGGACGUUCUUGUAUGUGGCGACCAUGCAUAUCUUGCCGGAGGUGUAUGAGCGGGGCAAGAAAAGCGGGAGCAGGGAGGUGAGGCUGACGAAGGGGCAGGUGGGGUGUUUGAUGGGGGGGAUUUUCACGCCCUUGUUGUUGGCUGUUGAGCACUCGCAUUGAGCGAUUUUGCACCACAUCCCGGCUCGCGGCAACGAAAACAUGUGUAAAUAGAUUCAUGUGAACAAUUCACAUCAUACCCUGCCCUCUCGGCAUGGCGCCCACCCCGCCUCGCUCUCCAAUGACACAUUCUGCGCCGACGGCAGCCGGCAACAACACAUCGUACCUACACGGGGUGUGGGGAAGGGAGGCAGCCCACGCUGCGAACAUGCCGGGAACAUCACAUGUACAUAAACAAACACAAAUCGAGAGAUGGCGGGGUUGAGAUUACUGGGUAGAGCUGUGUAU